GCGGGGGAGGCUGUGUGACAGUUAACAGUUGUUUCUCAAAGCUAUUUGAAAGUCGGAUUUCAGUACACAACAUGCCCAGACGUCGACGACCCCGUUGCAAGGUGAAACCGUUGAUAACGCUGCGCGAUGAUGCCGGCGACAGCGAGGCAAGUCAGGAGGAGCAAAUCGAGAGCAAAAGCGACGAGGUGGAUGUGCCCACAGAGAACCACGAUGUGGCGCCCAGUGUGCCGACCCAUGACUGGGAGUACAGACUCUUUCCGGAGCUGCACAAUCAGCUGCCCUGUCUGCCCACCUUUGCCGAUAUCUUUGGCCAGCAUUCGGACGUCAUCUUUCAGGAGAAUAUGCCGGCGGCUGCCCUGCCGGAACCGGAGCCGGAACCGGUCAGCAGCCGGAGCAGCAUGCCGGAUCAGCUAAACCUAUCGACCGCAUUGUUGCCAGAUCUUUUCGGCCUGAGCGGACUCGUUGCCAACCUGCGCGCCACACGCUGCAAUGCAAACGCCGUUCAAUUGGUCACCGGCGAGGAUCUGACCACAUUUGGACUGGACCUGGCCAGCCAGGGUGACAUCUAUGUACAUUUCAAUGGACCAUUUACACAGCAGCCAGCUGGUCGCAGCUCGGCCAACUGCGCCUUAGAGCUGGGCAUGCGCGGCAUGCGCGAUGCCAUGGACAAGUAUCCCACAAAGCCGCCCGUUUGGGAACCUUUUGUGCCCGAUACCAGAAAUCUGGGCCUGGUGCUUCCUUUGCCGAAGUUGUCGCAGCCGUCACACGAUAAAUCUGCCUAGUUUGAUGUCAACCUUUGGCAACCUUUCAAAUUGCUGUUCUUUUGUUUUGGUUUAUUGUCAAACAUCAGCAAAUAUUUCGCCCAUCAAUUAAACACACAUCUAUAAACUGUUUCAAUAUAAUACAAAAACUAACAGAGCUGAUACUAUGACGAAACUAAAACAAUCCAAGAACUGAGUGCAAUAGAAGAAUUUUAAUUUUUUCCUACGGGCCUUAUACUCUAUUUAGCUUGUUUAGGUUCCACCACAACACAAGAGACACGUUUUCUUUUCUGUUUGGCAUUUGUUGUUUCUUGUUCUUUUCUUUUUUUUUUUUGCGAAUUAUAAAAUGUAUCUUAUCUUGAAAUUAAACUAUUGCAAUUCCUUUUUACAAAA